UGGUUUCUGGUUGCUGGUGCUGUUUGUCUGCUUGGUUAAUGCUGGUGCUGCUGGGUGGUGAUUGCAUCAGGUGAAUUACUACUCUGCUUAGGCCUAUGAAGAUGUAGCUGUUGUUAAAGGGAUGCUUAGUUUGUUAGGUGGCUGGAUUGUUAUGCUAUGGGGUCAUGUAUAGAUAGCUUCAUGCUUUCCUUUAGCGUCUUUGUAGUUUUUUUUUAGGCUGGGGUUAUUGGGUGUGAGUGGGCCAUUGGGCUUGUGUAGGUUUUGACGGUUAUAAUUUAGUUUUGUUUCUUUUUCUUCUGUAAGAUGUAACUUUUUUCGUUGGCAAUACAUUUACUUACUUACCAAAAAAAUAAUAAUUAAAAACUAUAAUUCACGAGGCAAUAGCAGUACCAAAGAAUCAAAAGUUAGAAAAUCCCCUUCUUUUAUCAAAACUUUAUAAAUGUUUAAAACGGUGCCAUGCAUUGUUAGUUUGGUUAAUGAUGCGUUAUUCUUUAGCAAUGUAUGUAGGUAUUAAUUACUUACUAACUUUUGUUUUUUCUUUAUAAUUUUUUUAUAGAUUCAUAUGUGAAUUGAAGCACAAGUUUAGCUUGAAGACUACAAAUUUAGCUCAAUUGUGGUGAUUACAUCUCAUGGCGGACGAUCAGGACUGUGUUUGUGUUGAGGAUGAUGAUGAUGACUUAUCUGAGGAUGGUGAUGAGUUGUAUGAUGUGAGCAAGGAGCCUGAUUUGGGUGAGGCAGAAGAUCAGGCUCAAGAUGAGUUGGAGCGUAGGCUAGAUACAUUUGAAAAGGAGGCUGAACAAGCGCCUCCUAUUGAAAAUGCAGCUUCUGAGACGGUUGGUGAGAACGCUACUUCCCACAAUCAAAGCCAAGGACAAAGUGGAGGAGGGGUGAGGGCACCGGCUAAGAAAAAGGUGAGGGGUCCGACGACAAGUUUCAAGAAACCCGUCGGUCCCAUGGUCCUGGAGUACGACUUGGCGGGCCAACCUGUAGGCAAAUUCCGUCGUCCAUAUGCUAUUCACGUUGGCAUUUGUGCGCGUAAAAUCCCGAUUACACUUCGUAUGCGGGAAGUACCUCCAGGCUUGAUUGACACAUUUUGGAAUGAUACAAGGGCAAGUAGUCUGUUUAAUAUUUCUAAUGAUGCCGCCAAGCGAAGGGUGUUUGAAUCUUUGCUAGCGAAAAGAUUCAGAGGCUUCAAGAGCGAAUUAGUUCGUGGUUGGAUCACAAAGAGGAAGAAAAAACCAGAGAAGAAGAAAGGCAAUGAUGAUGAAGUCAUCAAUGAAGAGCUACUCCCAUGGCAAAAAUGGCCAAACAUAUCGAAAGAUGAUUGGGAAGCUUUUGUUAUUCAACAAAGUACAAAGGAAGCAAUUGAACUGAGGGAGCAAAAUUCCAAAAAUGCAUGUUUGAAGCAAUACACCCAACGUAUGGGGUCUAAGACAUUUGGUGAAUGGAGGGAAACGUGGGUCAACGAAGGAGUAUACCCCACUUCGCUACUAGGGUCGUCCAAAGGACACUCUUCUUCCACGAUCACUACGCUGGUGAGUCGUGCUGGUGAUUUCUUCUGUUCACUGCAUGCGCGUGACAAGGAGACCGGAAAAUGGGCCAUCAAGGCUCCGAAAACCAAAGAAAUGGCUUAUAAGCUCGUAAGCAACUACGAACUUGAGAACUCUAUGAAUAUUUUGCAUAAAUAUCACUUAUGGAUGCUAUUGGAUUCUGUUUUUUUUUUUUUUUUGCUACAGAUUGAACACACUGAAGAACUGGUUGAAGGCAAGCUCGUCCCUAGUGUAGAAAAAGACCCUUUCACCUUGGCUUUGGGAAAGCCCUACCAUCCAGGACGGCUAGUAGGUGCAGGAGGGUCAUUGCUAGGGUGGGAAAAGGUGAUGGGUUCAGAGUAUAUCAAAUCAGGAAGAUCCCGAGCAAGUGUGAACUCACCUCAUGACUUGGUUUCCACGGUGGCAUCGAUUAAGGAACAAGUCCGCAACGAGCUCGUAAGUGAAUUUAACGCUUGGGCGAAGCAAAUGAACCUACCGAGCUUGCCUUUCCCCUCGAAUACACCCGUCGACUCAUGUAGUCACCCAAAAGGACAAGGGGAAGAUGAUAUACAUGGAGACGAUGAUGCAAAUGAGGGUGGUACGCCUACACAUGCGGACUCGAGGGAGCUCGAUAAUCCAGCACCUCAUCAUUUUCCAGAUUUACAUUUGAAUUUGUUUAGUUCUAUCUUAGUGAAUAUGGGCACAUUAUCAAUCUUAGUGAAUAUGGGCACAUUAUCAAUUGUGAAUAGAACCGUUGUGCACUUCUACACCCGGACCAAUCUGGAGCUUUGCAUGUGGUUGCAUAUGGUAGUGCACAAUCGGCCAAACAAGAUUUCGCAAAAAAGACAAAUUUCAAAGAGGAGGGUGGAACAACCAAUAAGCGUUGACCAACCGGUGCCAAAGAAGAAGAGUGAACAAAGGUCGGAGAGUGAAAAAGGGUCGAAGAAGAACUCUUCGAGAGGUUCAGCUUUGCAUGCUACUCAACUUGUUGCUGACACGGUCCUUCAAACGCUGUCUAAAGAUUUAACAUUUCUACACAACCGUGUCAGUAUGUUGCCUAGUGACACUCCCAUUCAAGUUCCACUACCUAAGGCAAUGUUCCACUUUGAUGAGGAUGCAGUUGCAUGGCUUAGCAAUGAAGAUGUGCAAGAAUUUCUAAGUGGUUCAAUGCUUAACAUCUCCCUCGUUCAAACAUUCAUGAGGUAA